CUUUCAUGUGAUUGGCAUUUUGCGCCUAUAUAUGUACGUUAGGCUGUAACAGCGUACUUGGCCUGAACAGCACGUUUACAUGUGAAUGGCAAACCCCUCAUAUCUUGCCCGAGUGGGUGGCUCUUAGGGAAUUUUUUAAAAUUUAAUUAAAAUCAAAUAUUUUAAAGUAUUCAGAAAGUAUCUAAUAAUAAAUUGUUAUCAAUAAAUUCUACAAACACAUGGCUAGUGUGCAGCACUUGUCACAUCGCUUCUAGCCCAGCAGCAAGGCAACAAAAAUACACCCACAAAAACAGAAAGAAAAUAAAUCCAUGACAGCAUGUCGGGUAAUCCCUUUGAUAGCACCGAGGAGGAGCCCAGCGCCAGCAGCGAUGAGAUACUGGAAGGCUUUCUGUGUCCCAUUUGCCGUGCCGAUUUGAAAUCGAUUGAUUUCCUGACCGAACACUUUGCACGCCAGCACGCCGAGGAUCAGGAUGCUCUCAAAUCUGUGUUUAAGGAUAUAUUCACCAAAGCUAAGAAAAAGAUUCUUAACAAUUUCGACGAUGAACGCAGUCGUGCGCCGUCAGCUGCCUCACCAGCUGCCAAUUCCAGCAAUGCAAGUGGCUCCAAUGGAGCAGGAGCCAAGCCAAGCAGUGGGAGGGCACAGCUAAAUGUGUACCAAAAUAUGUCGAAACAGACUGCAGGCGCCGAGCGUUCCUAUUUCGAUUACUUUCAGACAGUGCGCAAUCCACGCUUGGAGCGUUAUGCUAGCGAGACGAAUAAGCUGAUUAUUCGGCUGCAUCGCCUGCUUAAGGAUUUGCCCACGGAUGCAGUGCAGCGCAAGCAGCACGAACAGCUCACGGUGCCUUGGUUAGACGGCAGCUCUGUAAAGCUGUGCCCCAACUGCGCAAAAAGCUUUCACAUUGCAAGGCGGCAGCAUCAUUGCAGGCUCUGCGGCGGCAUCAUGUGCAACGAUUGCUCCCGCUUCCUGCAGCUGGAGAACGCAUUGCAUUUGGCUAGCUUGUCCAGCACACGUGGCGAACCUUUGCAGCAGCUGCAGCAUCCGGAUUAUCGCGCCAUACGCCUGUGUCAGCAUUGCUUGUGGCUACUGGAUACGCGGCAGGACAUGCACGAGAGUCGCACGUGCCGACCGCUGCUCGCCCAGGUCUAUGAGGAGAUUAGGCAGCUGCAGAAACAAGUGACGCCGGACCUGGAUAUGUAUCUGAAGAUUGUCAAUAGUUUGCAUGAAGGCGAAUCCAUCUUUACACUGGCGGAUGCGGGCGCAUUGCGUGGAAAGAUCGGACAAGUUGCGGAAAAAAUAGAUUUGCGCAGCAAACGAAUUUUGACCAUACACUCGGAACCAGGCAGCCGCGAUGAGGCGCUCAAGAAGGCCAUACGAUUGAGCUGCGUGCAGGCCAUAAAGGAGCGUAUGCUCUCUCUGCCUCCGCUGCCGGACGAGGGGUACAUAAGACAGAUUCAGGAGCGCAAACGAAUCGAAACGGAGCAACGGAUACUGACAGAGCAGCGCAUGGCCAUGGAGGCACACGAGCGAAAAGGAUCAACGGCCCAGGCUGGAGUUACUCAAGAAAGUCGCAGCUUUGCCCAGGGCUCCGAUCUGCAAUCACUGAACAAUUGGUCAGCGCCCCAAGCCUCAACGACCGUAACAUUGGUUGAUGAUCCUCUAAUUGAGCAAAUCAAUAUAAUCAAAGGUUACAUCAAGCAGGCGCGGGAAGAUCUGAACUUCGAUGUGGUGGAAACAUUGGAGCUAAAUCUGCGCGAACUGCAGCGAGAAGUCUAUGAGCGACAGCGACAGUCGAGCAACAGUGCUCGAGUAGCCCAGUCGGACAGCUAAGCAUGCCUACAGUAUAUGCCUGUUGGGCCGAAAAGCCCAGUAAAAGACAGCUAAGCAUAGCUAUAUUUGCUUAAGCAUUCAUGAAUAUAUAAAUGUGUUUUAUAUAUAUCUAAUUCCGCUUUUGACA